GUAAUGUGAGCCAAACACUUCAGUUUGUCAGGUGAGAUAACGUGCAAGAUGGUGAUAAAAUGCACAGGUUAAUGCUCUUCUCCCACUGAACCAAGCAGGAAAAGCGUGCUGCGGUUUGGGGCUGCGGGUCUGAGGCUGCCGGGACAGCACUGCGCUGAAACCAUGAGGGAAAAUCAGCACUGGGAGGUUUUAUGGGAGAUCCACCACAUGGGGCGGCUCCGUCACUCUGACUGCCUGGCUGUACCAGGCGUAUUCCACACUUUUUUAUAUAUUUAACGCAGAACCGCUAAUCUGAAGCGCCGUUUCAGCAACGCUUUUCCUCUUCAAAACAGCAUAACGUAGGGACAAAAACGCUCGGAGAGGAGACGCCGCCCCUCAACAUGGCGCCGCCUCCUGCAACAUGGCGCCGCCCCUCAACAUGGCGCCGCCUCCUGCAACAUGGCACCUCCCACAACAUGGCGCCGCCUCCCCUCCUUCCUCCCCUUUUUUUUUUUCUCGUUUUCCUCCUCCCCGCUCCUCCGUUUUGGUUCCGGGGCAGCGGGGCGACCGCGAGUCCUUCCUGCGGGCGGGGAGGGGCGGAGGCGGUGCAUCCCCGGCCCCGCAGGGCAGCCCCCGGCCCGCGGCCCCGCAGCAUGUGAGCCCGGCGGGGCGGGGAUGCUCUGGCUGCUCUGCGGCCCCUCCCGCGCCAUGGAGAGCCACCAGGUGCUGGUGAUCCGCAUCAAGAUCCCCGACGGCGGGGCCGUGGACUGGACCGUGCACUCGGCGCCCCAGCUUCUCUUCAGGGACGUGCUGGAUGUCAUCGGUCAAGUUCUGCCAGAUGCAACGACAACAGCGUUUGAGUAUGAAGAUGAGGACGGAGAUCGGAUUACUGUCAGAAGUGAUGAAGAAAUGAAGGCCAUGCUGUCCUAUUAUUACUCCACUGUAAUGGAACAGCAAGUAAAUGGACAGUUAAUAGAGCCUCUCCAGAUAUAUCCAAGAGCCUGCAAGCCUCCUGGGAAACGGAACAUACAUGGCCUGAAGGUAAAUACACGAGCAGGGUCUGCUAAUAAUAGCAGUUCUGCAGUCUCGGAUUCUCUCCCAAGCAAUAGCUUAAAAAAGUCCUCUGCAGAGCUGAAGAAGAUACUUGCUAACGGGCAGAUGAAUGAACAAGACAUACGGUAUCGAGACAUCCUCGGUCAUGGCAAUGGAGGCACGGUCUACAAGGCAUACCACGUCCCUAGUGGAAAAAUCCUGGCAGUAAAGGUCAUACCCUUGGAUAUAACUCUAGAGCUCCAGAAACAGAUCAUGUCAGAGUUGGAGAUUCUCUAUAAGUGCGACUCGUCAUAUAUCAUAGGAUUUUAUGGGGCUUUUUUUGUAGAAAACAGAAUCUCUUUGUGUACAGAGUUCAUGGAUGGGGGUUCUUUGGAUGUUUAUAGAAAAAUUCCAGAGCACGUACUGGGAAGAAUAGCAGUAGCUGUCGUGAAAGGCCUUACGUAUUUAUGGAGUCUAAAGAUUUUGCACAGAGACGUGAAGCCGUCCAACAUGCUGGUGAACACACGAGGGCAGGUGAAGCUGUGCGACUUCGGGGUGAGCACCCAGCUGGUGAAUUCUAUAGCCAAGACGUAUGUCGGAACAAAUGCUUACAUGGCGCCAGAACGGAUUUCAGGAGAACAAUACGGGAUUCAUUCGGACGUCUGGAGUUUAGGGAUUUCCUUCAUGGAGCUUGCUCUUGGGAGGUUUCCAUAUCCUCAGAUUCAGAAAAACCAGGGAUCUUUAAUGCCUCUCCAGUUAUUGCAGUGCAUUGUUGAUGAGGAGUCGCCCGUCCUUCCAGCCGGGGAGUUCUCGGAGCCAUUUGUACACUUCAUCACUCAAUGUAUGAAAAAGCAACCUAAGGAAAGACCAGCACCUGAAGAUUUAAUGGGCCACCCGUUCAUCGUGCAGUACAACGACGGCCAUGCAGAGGUGGUUUCCAUGUGGGUGUGCAGGACGUUGGAGGAGCGGCGCUCGGCGCAGGGCGCACCGUGAGCUGCUGGGUCGUGGGACAGAGCUUUGGGCUCCCACCCAUCAGGGUCAUAUUGUGCUAAAAAGCAACAAAAUCUUUUGGGAUGUUUGUUGUUGCCUUCCUCCCUCCCGCGCAGAAACGUUAAGGAAUUCCCUUCACACAUUUCUCUCGUUUAAUGUCCUCAAAUUAAUCUUCAGUUAAACUGUACACAGCCUUAAAGCGAGUAUUUUAUAUCUCUAUUUUUUUGUUAUUGAAUGUAUUGUAUAUUUCAUGGCUCCAGAGUAUUUUUGAACUGUUAGUUUUGCUAUUGUACGGCUGACCAGCAGGCUGUUCCGAGGGCUGGAGGAGGAGCUGUUGGCUGUCUGGGGAGUGUGGACAUCCACAAAACAUCUGUUUGAAAUGGGUUUGGUAUUUUUAAGGAAAAAAAAAAAAA